AGAAGGGCGAAGAGGAAACAUCAUCCGGUAUGGUUCCUGUGCGUCUGACUGCGCAGCUGAAGCGGGUGAAGGAUGUGCUGGCGACCUGGAAGGAAGUGGACAAACGUGUCUCUCAGCUGUGCACCACUUUACUUGCUCAGAAGAUUGCCUCGCCUCAAAAUGCCUGCGGCGCUGAUAAGAUCACGGAUGGGCUUGUUGGCUUUUUGUCCGGCAGCUUCUCUGAUGGCACAUGGAGGGACGAGUACCUUGGGGUGAACGCCACAGUAACGGGGAAUGAUGGGGAGAAAAAAGCGGCAACAACGGCAACAGUGGCAACUGAGAAUUCCGAUGGCGUGACCUUCCGGGGAGCGUGGGCGGAGUGGCCCGUUGGCAGUCAGGGGGAGAAUCAGCUGUACCACUUUGCGAACUACAACUUCACUCUUGUGGCGACGGUGUCCAUCGACAAGGUGCCGGAGGAGGGAGAUACCCCCAUUCCUUUGAUGGGUGCGAAGAUGAAUGAUGGGAAGACUGUACUCCUGGGACUGUCGUACAACAACAAAGGGAAGAAAUGGAUGCUACUGUGCGGUGGCGGAACGAAGUCAGAGGAGCUCAGCAGCCCUUUGAACCCGGAAAGGGCACACCAAGUGGCCAUUGUGCUGCAGAACGGCAACCAGGGCACCGCGUACGUUGAUGGUCAGCGUGUGGGUGUGGGUGCGCCGUGUGAAUUGGGAAGCACGGAAUCCCAAGAGAUCUCCCACUUCUACAUUGGAGGGGAUGGAGGCAGCGCAGGGAGCGCAGGGAGCCGAGAAGGCGUGUCUGUGACGGUGACGAAUGUCCUGCUGUACAACCGCCCGUUGAGUUCCGCGGAGAUGACUGCGCCUAACACGGAAAGCGUUAAUAUUCCAAAGAUGGAUCAUGCAAAAACAGAGCCGAGGGGUACUCCGUCUACUCCCGCCGGGCAACAGCCGUCGGAAUGGGGGCAUUUGGUGGGAAGCAGUAAAGAUGCGAGUGGUGGUGUGGAGAGGGCCGAUUCACAGAUCAGGGAAGUAAAUGCCACGGCACUCAGCAGCAGCCUCGGAAAUGUGUCGCAAGAAAGUAACAGCGAUGCCGGCACCAUGUGUGGGAGCGGACUGCUGCCAUCGCUUCUGCUUCUGUUGGGACUGUGGUGGUUUGCCGCUCUGUGA